AUGCCAGAGAGACGUCUAUCGCGUCUUCUCAAGGCAAAGCUAUUACGACGAUCAUCAACGCCUGCAGUACCCAAAGCGGGCAACGGGGCGGACCCGCCUGUCCCUGUUCCUGUCCACGUCCACCCAAAUCCACCCGCGAAUAACUCUCGCCCUUCACAUCUCUUCGAUUCCGCGAGCGAGAAGUCCCCCUACAGCGUCGUUUCUUCCGCUAACCACUCCUCGGACGAGAUCGGCCCUACCUCCGAUCCCGAUCGGCACGAGGGGGACGCGCCCAAGUCCAAGUCCAACUCCCGGUCCCGGACCCGUCACGAGCGUCGCCACUGUAACUCAUCCACUUCGCCAUCCGCCGAACACGAACACCAGCACCGCCAUCUUUCUCACGCACCAGAGCGAUCUACAUCAUCCCCGCUUCCUACCGACCACGAAAACCCCCCUCUUAUACACCCCUCUGACGGACGAACUGCCAUCCCCCCUCGAUCCGCGGUAGUCAGGGUUCGAACUCCGGCACCUACCGAGCUUCAAUUGACCCCGACUCUUGAUACUGUCGUUGAGCGCACUGCAGCUGAUCGCCGGCCAUCCUCAUCCGCCUUCCCUCCUCAGUCCAGCAAGCGCCCGAGCAUUGCCAUCCGCCGGCAGUCUCUGCUUCCAUCAUCUCACCAACACUUGAUCACCGGCCUUCUAGAACAAAGUCUCUUCUCAGGACUGAGCGACCCACAAACCGCCUACGCUCCUGUGGUAGCCGACGAGAUGGUCCAGCGUCGGAUCUGGGUGAAACGACCAGGUGGCUCCGCCACCCUGGUACCCUGCUUGGAGGAUGCGGUGGUGGACGAACUGCGCGACCAGGUGAUUAUGAAAUUCGCCAACUCAUUAGGGAGGACAUGGGAUUCUCCGGAUAUCGUGAUACGAAUUGCCCCACGAGAGGGCACAAAUCGCCAGACGACCUCGGAGCGCCUCCUCAGUCCCGAGGAAUCUCUGUCCUCAAUUCUGGACACAUAUUACCCCGGUGGUCAAAAGAUAGAGGAGGCAUUGUUGAUUGACGCACCUACACGCCGCACUCCGAAGCCCUCCCCGCGCCACUCGGUCUAUCAUCAUCAUAACCCGGAGCCUGGUGAGCAUGGCGAAUACUUCCCGUUGAUGCCCGCGAAAGUUCCCACCCCACCUACGCAUCCUGCAGCCUCCGGGCCAAACACCGCUCCGGCGAUGUCGAUAAUCAACAAUGGGGUGGCUCCUCCGUUGCCUUCGCCAGGUAGGGGUGGGUCACGACAUCACCGUCGGCCACCACUCCAACGGCACACAACCAAUUCGCCAACGAUUCUCGGCCAAGGUCCUAUCGUUAGUGUUACAGUAUCGCCGCGGGUGUCACGCAAACCCAAGAGCUCUGCUUCACCUGGGGCAGUCUUUGGAGGAUUAAUUGAUGGUACCGUUCCUCCGAUCAAUGUUCUGAUCGUCGAGGACAACAUUAUCAACCAAAAACUCCUCGAGGCGUUUAUGAAGCGAUUAAGUGUCCGAUGGAAAUGCGCGGCAAAUGGAGAGGAAGCGGUACGGAAAUGGCGACAAGGCGGAUUUCACUUGGUAUUGAUGGAUAUUCAGUUGCCCGUCAUGAACGGGUUGGAUGCCACCAAGGAAAUUCGUCGCCUGGAACGACUUAACGGUAUUGGCGUUUUCCCUAAGAAUGCAUCCGGUCGUUCGAGUGUUUCGAGUACAAGUGAGGAUAGGAGGCCGGGUCUUAACCGCACCGUUAGCGAGGAAGAUACUCUCACCGACUUGUCCUUAUUCCGCAGCCCUGUCAUCAUUGUCGCUUUGACAGCAAGCAGUCUGCAAAGUGAUCGUCACGAGGCAUUGGCAGCUGGCUGCAACGACUUUCUGACCAAGCCUGUUGGUUUCCCAUGGUUAUCACAGAAGGUUACGGAAUGGGGCUGCAUGCAAGCACUGAUUGACUUCGAGGGCUGGCGGAAGUGGCGUGGGUUUUUGGAUACUCCACCGUCUUCCUCGCCCAGUUUAGAUAGCGCUGCCAGCCCUAUGCAAACCGGUCACCGCAACGACUUCGUCACAUCAGCCGACGGAUCUACCUCGCCGUCGACGACCCGCCAUACGAAGAAUAAGCCUUCUUCCAACGGUCUGCCAAGGCCUCACAUACCAGAUGCCGCUGAGCUCUUACGGGAAGACUCAUGGGGUAGUGGCAGCGGUGACACAGGAGACUCCGGCCUCAGCCCUGACUUCAGCCCUGACGGCCUGCCUGUCGAGGCCGAUGGGAAGGUGAAGAGCAAUGCUGCACCCCCAUCGAAGGAAGAAUAA